UGUGAGCUCAUUGUGAGUUCAUGUGAUCGUCAUACUGUGAUCCUCACCAUGUGAGUAAAGCGUGAGCUCAUUGUGAGUUCAUGUGAUCCUCAUACUGUGAUCCUCACCGUGCGAGUAAUAUGUGAGCUCAUUGUUAGUUCAUGUGAUCCUCACCGUGUGAGUAAAGCGUGAGCUCAUUGUCAAUGCUUCACACUCCUGUCCAGUUGGCGGUGAUAAAUGCACCAUCUAAGCUGGUUUUCCAACCACCAUAAAACAUGUAAAGAGGAAGAAGAAAAAGUUGUGCAAGGAAUUGUUACACUGCAGAAAUGGAUUUGGAAACAAAAAUUAAGGCAUUGAAAAGACAGCAACAAAAAGCUCGUAGAAAAUCAAAAAAGAUAAUUUUGGCUCUUCAGAAAAAAAAUGAAAACACUUCUGAUAGUGAACACUCCUCCAGAGAACUUGAAUCAGACUACUCAUCAGACGACUCAGGAAAUAUGCUGAAUGUUGUGGAGCAGCAUCUAAUUGAAGACUCGCAAGAACAGUAUGAUUCAGAAUCACAACGGAAUACCAGAACCAAUAUGCAAGAUCAAGUGCUAUGGGAUGAAAUUGAUAGACUAAAUGAUUCCAUGGAUGUUACCAGUGAGAGUGACACAGAGCUAGCUUUGGCUCUAGAGAAAAAGCUGUCUGAGUGGGCAAUGAAGUUCAACAUCUCCUUGACCUCUCUAACUCAUUUGCUUAAGAUUUUGAGGGAACAUGAUAUUGAUGUUCCAGCAGAUGGAAGAACACUGUUGAAAACACCUCGUUCUGGCAGUUUGACAAUAACUGAAAAAUCAGGUGGCAAAUACACAUAUUUUGGAAUAAAGGAAGGUAUUAAGCAUACUCUGUCUGAGCAAGACACUUCAAAAUACGACCACUUUGAGAUUUCUUUGAAUAUUGAUGGGUUACCCAUUUUCAAGUCCAAAAACCUCACAAUGUGGCCACUUCAGUGUGCUGUCAUCAACAUUGAUGAAGUGAAGAGCAGUCCUUUGUUGUUGCUCUGUAUUGUGGAGCAAAGAAACCAGAUGAUUUGGAGUUUUUGA